AUGCGCAUAACGGCGGCCGAACCAGGCAAGGUCAACUUUGAAUUGCCGAUCGAAAAGCAUCAUACGAAUCGACUGGGCAUAUUACAUGGUGCUACGCUCGCUGCAAUGGUCGAUACCAGCGGAUCCCUUGCUGUCGCUUCUCGUGGCCUGUUUUCUACCGGGGUAUCAACGGAUCUGAGCGUGACAUAUCUCAACUCUGGUGGGAAAGCAGGCGAUCUAAUCAAGGGCGAAGUGGUCUGUGACAAAUUCGGAAAGACACUGGCCUAUACCGCGGUCAAGUUUAUGAACAAGGACAACGAAAUCGUGGCUCGAGGCAGCCACACGAAGUUUGUCGCGAUUGCUUGGAAGGACGAAAGAAACAUCACAGACCAAUUAAAGCCCGAAGUGAAUGAAUCUCAAGCCAGCGAAGCAACCCGCACGAGUUUCUAA